AUGGUGGCAGCGGCACCAUUCAGACAUCCAGAGACCACACUGGCUGUUGAGGGCCACCCAUGGGCGGCUGCUCACCGAUACCGUGAGGUGGGGGUGACCGUGGCCCGGGGUGCAGGCCGCACCGACACCGCUGACAAGGAGGAGGAUCUGAGGCAGGAGACAACGGGGACCGGCCCGACCGGCCCGAGGCUGAGCGGGGCGGGGCCCGGCAGCAAAGAGCGCGGCGUCCGGGCCCGACCCCGGGCCGAGCAGGCGGGCGAGGUCUGGGAAGCGCGACACCGACCUGCAGGAGCCGGAUCCGAGCAGGGCGAAGGACGGCGCCGAAGCCGGGGUGGAGGUGCGUGUGUACCGGGCAAAGCGGUCCCCCGGAGGCCGAGCCGGAAGUGGGCGGUGGGCGGCGGCCGAGUGGGAGGGACCGGGACGCUGGAGCCCAGUCACCGGCCUCCUCCCGUCUCCGGCAGCCUCCCAGCACCAUCACCCAGCUCCGCUACCAGCCUCCCACCACCAGCCUCCCAGCUCCAGCAGCCUCCAGUCACCAGCCUCCCGUCUCCAGCAGCCUCCCAUCACCAGCCUCCCACCAUCACCCAUCUCCGCCACCAGCCUCCCACCAGCAGCUUCCCAGCUCCAGCAGCCUCCAGUCACCAGCCUCCCGUCUCCAGCAGCCUCCCAGCUCCGCCAGCAGCCUCCCAUCACCAGACUCCCAUCACCAGCAGCCUCCCAGCACCAUCACCCAGCUCCGCUACCAGCCUCCCACCACCAGCCUCCCAGCUCCAGCAGCCUCCCGUCACCAGACUCCCAUCACCAGCCUCCCACCAUCACCCAGCUCCGCCACCAGCCUCCCACCAGCAGCUUCCCAGCUCCAGCAGCCUCCAGUCACCAGCCUCCCGUCUCCAGCAGCCUCCCAGCUCCGCCAGCAGCCUCCCGUCACCAGACUCCCAUCACCAGCAGCCUCCCAGCACCAUCACCCAGCUCCGCUACCAGCCUCCCACCACCAGCCUCCCAGCUCCAGCAGCCUCCCGUCACCAGACUCCCAUCACCAGCCUCCCACCAUCACCCAGCUCCGCCACCAGCCUCCCACCAGCAGCUUCCCAGCUCCAGCAGCCUCCAGUCACCAGCCUCCCGUCUCCAGCAGCCUCCCAGCUCCGCCAGCAGCCUCCCGUCACCAGACUCCCAUCACCAGCAGCCUCCCAGCACCAUCACCCAGCUCCGCUACCAGCCUCCCACCACCAGCCUCCCAGCUCCAGCAGCCUCCCGUCACCAGACUCCCAUCACCAGCCUCCCACCAUCACCCAGCUCCGCCACCAGCCUCCCACCAGCAGCUUCCCAGCUCCAGCAGCCUCCAGUCACCAGCCUCCCGUCUCCAGCAGCCUCCCAGCACCAGCCUCCCAGCUCCGCCAGCAGCCUCCCGUCACCAGACUCCCAUCACCAGCAGCCUCCCAGCACCAUCACCCAGCUCCGCUACCAGCCUCCAGUCACCAGCCUCCCAGCUCCAGCAGCCUCCAGUCACCAGCCUCCCGUCUCCAGCAGCCUCCCGUCACCAGACUCCCAUCACCAGCAGCCUCCCACCAUCACCCAGCUCCACCACCAGCCUCCCACCAGCUUCCCAGCUCCAGCAGCCUCCAGUCACCAGCCUCCCGUCUCCAGCAGCCUCCCGUCACCAGACUCCCAUCACCAGCAGCCUCCCACCAUCACCCAGCUCCGCCACCAGCCUCCCACCACCAGCUUCCCAGCUCCAGCAGCCUCCAGUCACCAGCCUCCCGUCACCAGACUCCCAUCACCAGCAGCCUCCCACCAUCACCCAGCUACGCCACCGGCCUUCCACCACCAGCCUCACAGCUCCGCCACCAGCCUCCCAUCUCCAGCAGCCUCCGGUCACCAGCCUCCCGUCUCCACCAGCCUCCCAUCUCCACCAGCCUCCCGUCACCAGACUCCCAUCACCAGCAGCCUCCCACCAUCACCCAGCUCCGCCACCGGCCUCCCACCACCAGCCUCCCAGCUCCGCCACCAGCCUCCCACCACCAGCCUCCCAUCUCCAGCAGCCUCCGGUCACCAGCCUCCCGUCUCCAGCGGCCUCCUGUCACCAGACUCCCAUCACCAACAGCCUCCCACCAUCACCCAGCUCCGCCGCCGGCCUCCCACCACCAGCCUCCCGUCUCCAGCAGCCUCCCACCACCAGCCUCCCAGCUCCACCAGCAGCCUCCCACCACCAGCCUCCCGUCUCCAGCAGCCUCCCGUCACCAGACUCCCAUCACCAGCAGCCUCCCACCAUCACCCAGCUCCGCCACCGGCCUCCCACCACCAGCCUCCCGUCACCAGACUCCCAUCACCAGCAGCCUCCCACCAUCACCCAGCUCCGCCAGCAGCCUUCCACUGCCAGCAGCCUCCCACUGCCAGCAGCCUCCCAUCACCAGCUUCCCAUCAUCAGCCUCUCUUCACCACCCAGCUCCAUCACCAGAAGCCAUCCUUCACCUCCUUGCAGCUCCAGCAACCCCCACUAUACCUCCAGAAGCCCUCCUGCAGCUCCAGCCAGCCUGCAUUGCAUCACCAGCUACCUUCCUCACCUCCAGCAACCUCCAGUAA